GACUGUGAGCGCACCGGAGGCCCCACCUCCCGGAGCAGCGCCAGUGCUGCCGCCGCCGCCGCCGCUCAACAACCGGGUCCGUCCGUCGGUGUGCCCUCGUCGCCGUGUUCCCCUCCUUCCCUCUCUGGGUCCCGCGUGAGGGACUGGCAGGCGAAGGAGGAGGCUGAGGCGGGUGACAAGACUUGCGGGGGGCGGAGGAAGGGGCACGAGGAACGCCAAAAGGAGGCCUUAUUAUGGGGCAGAACGUGUGUAACCUACAGAGUCAGCAAGUGUAAUGACUUCCUCUGAACAGAAGCAAAAUGAAAUAGAGUCUGAAAGAGUCGCUGGAAAUACAAGAAUUGUGGAAACAGAAUUGCGCUGCACCUACCCAAAUGAGAGGCGGGAGAGGAAUCAGAUUUACACCCUUCUAAGCAUCAGUAACAGCAUAAAUGAACAAGAGGAAAGGUCUUUGGAUUGUAUUAAUGGAACAGGAUGGGAGGAAGCUGUCCAAGGCUGGGGCAAAACAGCCCCAUUUGCUUAUCUUCAGCUACAAAAGAAAGCUAGAAAAGCAAAGACAAGUGAGUCUGUCAGUGGAUGCCAGUCUGUCAGUGGAUGCCUUUACUGCUUAGAUCUGAAUCAAGUUAUUGACAAAAGUUUGGAACAAGACCCCAAGGGUACAGAACCAUUGAAAACUGAUUUCAAAUUAAGUACAUGCGCAGCCACGGAGCGUAUUCCAGAAAAACAACAGACUCUGCUUUUACAGAGUGCAACCAUAGACUCUUCUGCAACAGAAGACUCUAAAAAGGAAAACUGUUAUGGCAAAAUAUAUUCUAGUCAGACAUCUCAAGGAGAAAAGAGAAAAGUGUCCUUAAAGGAUGCUCAAGCUAGUUUAAGUGAAAGGAGAUUUUUUCUAAUGAAAGAGAGUCCUCUCUUCCAAGGAGAAAAGAGAACAGUGCCAAUAAAGGAGUAUAGUAUACUGAGUCCAGGAAAACCCAAAACUCUAGAAACUGUGAAAUACAAAGACACAAAAGGCUACGAGCCUCCCAUAUGUAAUCAUGUUGGCACUGAAACUGCUUCUGUUAAGCCAUCAUUAGUACUGCCACCUCUGAAAGAUGCAACUCUCAAAACCACCCUGGAUCCUUCAGCAAAGAAAAGCAAGACUGUUACUUCCCAGGCAAGUGAAAAACCAUUCCAUGCUGUUUCUGAGACAAGUUGCUGUGGUCAGGUUUUUAAAACCAAAGAGCAAAAGAGUGAAAAAAGAAUAGAAACAAUGUGUAAUGCAGUGAAGGAGCAAAUAAAAAUGCAUGAAAUAGCCUCUUUUGACUCAAGGCUUUCCAAGACUUCAUUCAUCUCAAGAAACCCAGAUCGUUGCUACUGGCAUUGUGCAUUUGCACCAGAUACAAAAAUGACAACCAUGUCUAAUUCAAUUGCACUGCGAAGACACAAUCAUCUCAACAGCAUGCAUUUUCUGCAUACAAAAGGCGCACGAAUCAGCAAAGCCAAUGAGAUGCAAGACCCUUGCACCAGAAGCAGGAGUCACACUGGAACCAAACAAGGAAAUGAAUCAAAAACACAGGAGAUCCCUCUGCUUUCUGGACUAUUCCCUUCCUUAACGGUCAGCCGUGUUGCAAUAGCUGCAUUGCCCUUUAGGCUGACCUGACUUUUUAAAUUGUAAUUUCUUGUUGGGCUAUUCAUGGAUUUAUUUGGAGCACUCUGUAUAAUGAGAAAAAAUACUGAAAAGUCAUUGUAAAGCAGACUGGGCAGAUUUGUUAGUUUGCAUAGGUGCCAUUUUGAAUAGAGUUGACUGCCACUCAUUUCUGUACAAAAUUAAAAUACCAAUUGAUUACCUCUUACAAUAUGAUAAUGGUUUCAGUAGAUCCUUAAAUAUGUUUAGUUGAACCAAUAGAGUCUACAGUAUAGACUCAGGCUCUCAGAGAUGAGCCUUAAUGUGCAUUGCCCAGAUGACGCCCCCAGUUUGCCUAAAACUUUAUGUCUUUAAAAGUACACACAGCUAGUUCUUAUUUAGAAAAUUGGGCAUGGUGUUUCACUACUUCCAAUCCCCACUGUAUGUAAAUGCAAGCUACUUCAGUCUGUUUUGUUCUCAUUGGUCCUUUUGAUUGAGAAGGACCACUGCAGAAGCAGCAUGACCAGUGUAGUUUGUCUUCUCAAGGAAUACUUGAACUAUUGCACCAAACUCAGAAUAUGGAAAGUACAGGUAUGCCCCUUAGAUGGGCAAGGGAUCAGAUUUUGCCUAAAUUAAGCCCGUACAAUUUGGAAGUCAUCGAGCCAUACAUAGCCACAAUGCCUGUUUUUGCUCUCUAUCAAGCGUGGCAAUAGAAGGCUGUCAAAUAUCUGCCAGGCCAGACUAAGCUGCUCAUGGGCUAUAUUUAUCUCAAUGAGUUACAGGCCUAGACCAAGUGCUUCACCAAAUGGAACCUAGAAAAGUACCAUAAAUUGUCUGCACAGUCUCUACCACAAUGAUGUACUAUUUUCAAGUGCCCUCCAAUUUGUGCAAAGCCUUAGCUGUUUUUAGAUGUUGUAAAAAGUUUAUUUUUAAAGUUUUCUUUUAUGUUUAAUGUUCAAACAAUGUGUAGAUAAGACUAAGGAAGCAAAGUUAAUAUUUAGUUAUAUUUGUGUGUGUAGAAUUGACUGUAUAUACUUCUUGAUUUGUUUAUGUUAGCUAGGACUUGUCCCCCUCUGCAAAAUUAGGUAACUCACAUUGCUUUAUAAUCUAGAUAGCUUCAAUAAAAUACUUUUCUGUAUGCACAGUGACAGCAUGUUCCUCAGUAUUUCAAUCCAAGAGAUUUUCCUGUCAACAUCUGCCAUAAUUAUCCUACACCUUAUCUGAUGCAUUUGGAGUAGCAGGAAGGUAAUGACAUUUCUGGAUAUCCAAUUGCAAGAGUCCCAAUGUCACUCACCUAUGAUUCAUGGAAUCCACUUAUAUUUGAUCAACUGUACAGAAACUUGUUCAAGUAGUUUUAUUAUAAAAUCUUGCCAAAUUCUUUUUAGUUUCAAACAAACAAGUUUUCACAUAAGCUGAUCAUAGUCCUUGAACCAAAUAUUUUCAGUUCUUAUGCAAAAAAAAUCUGAGAGCUGAGUGGCUUUUCCCUUUUUGUUUUGGUGAUGGUAGCAAGGGCUCUCACCAGGAAUUCAUGUGCAUAAACCUCAUGCAAGAACACAGUAGGCUAGUUGACAAAAAUGAACUUUUUUUGACAAGCAGCUUGCUUUCUUGUUCUUAAAGCAGGCAUGAAAUUAUUUAAAGCAAAAGUGUUCAAUAGCAUGACCAUUUUUUCAGGAUUCAUCAGUGCCUACAAAGAAGGGAUUAAAACAGUGACUGACAGAAAUGUUGUAACAAACAUGCAAGAUAUUUAAGAAACCACACCUAUUUCUACAAGUGUGGGGCAAAAGAUUUUUGGGGUCAACCACCAAUUAAAUGACAUGAAUACCUCACCCCCCCCCCCCCGGUUAUAGGAGACAAAAUUGCUUGAACCAUUGUAAACUUUUUAUUUGAAUUGCCUUUUCUUGGAUUUGUUGCUAGACUUAACCCUUCCUCUUCUGUAGAACCCUACUACCACUUCUGUAGAAAUGCUGGUUUUAGUGAACGCUGUUGAAGGGCUUCCUGCUACCCUCAUUGCACAUCACAUUUACUGCUAAGAAUUGUGAAACUCUGUGCUCCAGUUUAAAACAAAACAAAACAGGGCUUAAGCAAAGUUUUGGAUAAUGGGUGGAUACAAAUAGUCAUUUACAAAGUGGUUGCUUAACCAUGCUAUAGCCAUAACCACUUGCUGAGUCAGUUACCUGUGUGACCCUGUUAGGCCAAGUGGAUGAAAGAUUUACCUCUCAUGCAAAAUGCAGAUAUGUGGUUAAAUGGUUGUCAAUCUUCACCUAUGUAGACUUGUACCUUGUAAAAUAAUGGCUUUACAGAAAA